AUGGUUCGGGUAGGGUUUUCCCUACAUCCUCAACUUUCCCACACCAUUGUUCUCCCUAGACUAUGUAUCAUGUUUCAGUGCUCACAUUGUGAUAAAGGCUAUCAGAGGAAGACGCAUUUGAUUCGUCAUGAAGCUACUCCAGCUCUCGUCGAGUUGUCCUUUCUGUGGGAAAUCUUUCUUAAAGACCUUUCCAGAGAGGUCACCCGAAGACAUGCCAAAGCGUGUGCUAAGAAACACGACCAGCCCAUUCCAGAAGCAGGAAAGGCAGGGCGGAAACGCCAGUCGUGCGACUCGUGCUUCGAAGCAAAAGCAGCUUGCGAUAAAAAAUUACCUUGUUCACGUUGCAUUUCCCUCGGACGACCAUGUAAUUUCGCGGCUCAGCCAUCGCCUUCGCCGGGGCCAACAUGCUCGGAAGCUGCCUCCUCGCCUUCACCUCCUACAACCUCGCAACCCUCAGCCAGACGGGAUGGACCAUUUUCGUUCCUUCGACACUUCGCCAGCCCAUCUGUUCAGAAAGAUAGACUUGCGAUUGGAGAAACUGGAAAACAUUCGACUCCAAGAAAUCUUGCAACAUUGUAUUCUCACAUUGAAGAUGCGCUCAUCCCGAGCAACCCGCUGUCCGCUUUCCUCGGAUUUGGCGAAUACCCAUCAAACCCGCUAGAUGGAGACGAGGGUUUUCUCUCGGAUUACCUCUCCGACGCUCUAUUCCCAUCAAAACUCUCCAACCAAUUGACCAAAAUCACCGCAGAAUUAGUGGAAACGUCAAAGUCCAUGGGGAUACGCAGUGAGAACCCAGAACUUGACAUCAUGCAACUUACAGCCGUCUUCGGAGUUUCCAACAUCUCGGUCUUCGUCUCAGUCUUCUUCCAUGCCUUCCAUUGGCACUUGCCCAUUGUCCAUUCCCCCAGUUUCGACCCAGGCGCGGUUUCCAAUCCCCUUCUCCUUGCGAUCUUCCUUGCUGGUGCAGCUUACAGUACUGCCAUGGACGAUACAACCGCCUCUUCUUCAUCUUGGAUUAUUGAUGUCGCAGAGGAGUACAUCUUCCGGCAAGUGUCGCAUCUGUCAAUUGUUCCAUCGCCAAUGGAUCCGGCAAAUUUGCUGCCCACUGUGCAGACACUACAAAGCGCAUUGAUCAUUGAGAUGCUUCAAUUUGCACGCGACGAUCUGAGUACUAGACGUCGCAUUCGUAUCAUUCGACAUCCGUGUCUGGUAUCGACUGUUAGGUCUCUGGGAAUUUUUCAACUCAAGCGGAGCGCGAUACCUGAUGGUUGCGAUGAUGUUACUUGGAAGAACUUGAUUGCUGAAGAGAUGUGUUUAAGAAUUGCUUCCUGGGCUUUCCUUGCCGAUGGAUUCCUGACUGUCUGUCUCAAGAACCAUCCCGCGAUUUCGAUCUUCGAGAUGAACUGCAACUUCCCAUGGAGCGCUGAUUUGUGGGAGGCUGAGAGUGCAUCAGCUUUCAGCAAAAUUGCCGCAGCGCGCUCAUCGGAGCUUCCACUUCCGCUAUUACGAGAGGUAGCCACGCAAUUACUUGAGAUUCCUCAAACGGCCCCGAUUUCUUGGAGUCUUUCGAUAUCUGCGGAACAUCUCUUGAUUCUGGUUUACGCCAUCAAUUCCCUCGCGUUCCAGACCAGGGCAGGGCUACUUCCAUACUUGUUAGUUGAAAAGAUCGGCCUUGCUGCCGAGAACUGGAAACGAAUCUGGGACUCUGUCAUUGGCUCUUUAGACGAUGACCAAUACCUCCAUCUGGGCUACCCCAAACACGCUGAAGAGCUCUGGUGGCUACUAAAGGCAACAUUGGAUGUUACUGAGCAGAGUGGAAACAGCUUCCCUUAUCUGGACAGCACAGCGACGGAUGACAUGGGAAGCCUGAACGAGUUCAUUCAGUGGUGUCAUCGUAAUUUCUCAUAA